UAUGAUUCUGAAUAGAUUUUUCUCUUUUCCAUUGCCAUCAUGGCUUGCAUGUGUAGAUUAAAAUGAAAGACUUAAUCUCUUAUCCAUCCAUGGAAUUAAGGACCACCAUCCAAAACUCCCUUCACAGCCUACCCUCACUGCUUCAGCACUUUUUUGCCUAAAACUCAUUUUUGCAGCACAUUGUAUUGUAUCUAAAAGAAACAGAGAGAACUCCAACUCCCACAGAAAAUUCCACAUGCAAUCCCUGCUGACAUGCUCUUCCAUUACCCCCUCUUUCCCUCCUUGUUUUAUGCAAAAUCAACUUUCCAAAGCAUCCCGUUUUCCUCCACUCAAGCACAUUACUAAUCACAAUUUAAAACAACUGAAACCAACUUCUUUCCUUAAACCCCAUGCUAAUCCAAAACUAACCCUUUUUUACUUCAAUCUCUACCUUCAGCUUUAUGUAAAUGCGGGUUUCAUGCCAGAAGCACGUGACCUGUUUGACUCCAUGCCUGAAAGAACUCUUAUUUCUUGGACUAUCCUCAUGUCAGGCUAUGCCAAACAUGGUCCUACUAAGGAAGCCUUGGCAUUGUUUAAAGAGAUGUUGUCUGGUGAUAAAACGGUGCGCCCCGACUCGUUUGUUUACGCGGUUGUGUUGAGAAGUUGUGGGCAAAUGAGAGAAUUGGGGUUCGGCAAAGGAGUGCAUGGCCAAGUUUUGAAGAAAGGGAAGGCUUUUCUUGAUGGGUUUUUGGAGAAUUCUCUGGUAAAUAUGUAUUCAAGUUGUGGCCUAUUGGAAGAUGCUGUUUUGAUUUUUGAUGGGAUUGAGAAGCCUGGUUUGGUUGCUUGGAGUUCAAUGUUAAGUGCUUAUGUGAAACAUGGACUUGAAAAAGAAGGUUUGAAUGUUUUCCUUGAUAUGGUUUUUAACGGAAUUGAUUUGGACGCUUUUGUGUUUUCAAUGGUUAUCAAGGCAUGUUCAAAUUUGGAGGACUUAAACUUGGGAAUUCAAGUUCAUGGUUUGAUGGUUAAGAAAGGAUUUGGGAAGGGGUGUUGUUUGUUUUUGGACAAUAGUUUAAUGGAUUUUUAUGCAAAAUGUAAGGAUUUGAAGGGAUUAAGACGAGUUUUUGAUCAGCUGUAUGAGAAAGAUUUAGUUUCUUGGAACACAUUAAUUAUGGGUUAUGUCCAUAAUUUUCAUUACCUUGAAGCUCUAAGGAACUUUAGAGUUUUAAUGCAUGAAGUUUGUUAUUGUGAUGAUUUCACCAUAGCAAGUAUUCUCAAGGCUGUUUCUAGUUUACAUGAUAAGGACUAUGGCAGGCAGGUUCAUGGAUAUAUAGUUAGGACGGGUUUAGUAUCAAACAACUAUGCAAUGUGCUCUCUUUUGGAUAUGUACAUUGAGUGCAUUGAGCAUGAGAGCUCAGAUCGCUGGGAAAACCUUCCUCUUAAGUUGUAUGUUGGCUUAGAAAGAGGAGAAUCUAAUGGGUUUAUUAUUGCAAGCAUGCUAAAAUGGUGCUCUAUGUUAUCAAAUCUUGAUAAUGGGAAACUAUUCCACUCCUUGGCCAAGAAACUUGCUGUAGAUUCUGAUCCAUAUGUUAUAAGCGCUUUGAUUGAUAUGUAUUCCAAGUGUGGGAUGCCAGAGGCUGCUUUAAGGGUUUUUGAAAGAGUAGAAGAUCCAGGCGUUGCAACAUGGUCUGCUUUGAUCUCUGGACUUUCAUGGAAUGGGUGGUUUGUGGAAGCACUAACAUGUUUCCGGAAAAUGCAGUUUAAUUGUAUUGAAGCAAAUGAGUUCACCUUUACUUCUGUUAUUCUAGCUAGUAAGGCUUUAGGUGAUCUUAGAAAGGGAAGAGAAUUGCAUUGCAAGAUACUCAAAACUUGUUAUGAAUCAAAUGUUUCUGUUGUUAACAUGCUCAUUAAUCUUUAUUCAGAAUUAUCAGAUCACCAACAAGCACUCAAGCUAUGUUCCUUGAUUUCAGAUGCUGAGAUCUCAUGGAAUUUAUUGAUACAGGCCUGCCUCAAAGCAAACGACUAUGAAAUGAUUCACAAACUUCUCAGGAGGAUUCAAUCAUGCUCUGGGUGUAUUGAGCCGAUCGCUGUUUGUGAUAUUUUCAACUCCUGUACAAGCCCAGUGCUUUUGCAUAUGGGGAUGCAAGCUCAGGCUUAUAUGACCAAAAGGGGUCUUCUCUCACAUCCUACAAGUGGCAAUAGUCUCAUUCAGAUGUAUUCUGGAUGUGGACAAAUUGCAGAGGCAGAUUUGGCAUUUGAGUUGAUGCCUGAGAAGAGUUCUAUGUCUUGGGCAUCUAUCAUCUCUGCAAAAGUGGAGCAUGGCCAUCCAUCUGAAGCUCUGGCUUUAUUUAAUGAUAUGAGGAGGAGGAAUAAAUUAGUGGAUUCAAGCACAUUAAAAUCAACCUUGAAGGCUUGUGGCCAAAUGGGUCGGGUAGAUGAGGCACAUAGCCUAUUAAUGUCCAUGGAAGUGGUUUAUGGAGUUGAGCCAUCAGAAGAGCAUUGUUCCUGCGUUGUAGAAGCUUUUGCACGAGCUGGAAUGCUGGAAGAAGUUGAUAACUUUAUCAAUGAGGUUAUUCCAGAUAAAGUAGGCACAACGAUUUGGAGAACACUUCUUUUAUGUGCCCGUGUUAUUGGUAAUAUGAACAUUGCAAAAUUUGCUUUGGAGAAGCUAUUGGAACUAGAUCCAAGUGACUGCUUUGCAAAUCUACUGCUUGAGAAGGUCCUGCUGAUGUCCGGUAAGUGGAAAGACGCAUCAAAGGCUGUAGUUAAAACUAAAACAAUAGGGUCAAAUUCUAGUUGGAUAGAAGUGCAAAACAAAAUAUAUGAAUUUGUCUCAAAGCAAAAUCCAACUGAAGAAGUCUCUUACAAAUUGGCUGAACUAGAGAGAGAGAUGGAGGAGUUGGGAUAUGUAGCAGAUAGGAACCAUUUGCUGCAUGAUGCAGAAGAGGAAGAAUAUAAUGGUGCGGGUCUUGGUCAUACAGAGAUGAAGGCUAUUGCAUUUGGUCUCAUAUCGUUACCCUCCGGAAUGCCUAUAAGGGUGAUCAAGAGUGUUAGGAUGUGCGGUGGUUGUCAUUCAGCAUGCAAGUUCAUGUCAACCUUUGUAGAUCGAGAAUUGGUUGUCAAGGACACUUGCACUUUUCACCACUUCAGAAAGGGCAAAUGCAGUUGUCAAGAUUCAUGGUAGCAUCUAUCAAUGAAAUA